AGUGAAUGUUUCGCUGCGCGAGAGCGUGUUUGUAGUCUUCAGAUGUCAACAGCAGCGACACAGCUGAGUCAUUGGACAACUUUGAAGACAAGUCUCUCAGCUCCUGACAUGGACUGAACAGUGACAUUUGGGAUCUGCACUGUUUGACCCAGGACAUACUUUUCAGGAGAUAUUAAAGUGUGCUUAUCAGAUCACCAUGAGUGCCCAAGUCGAAGCAGAUUUCCGCACGGUAUCUCCUGAGAUGCCUGCCAUGCUUGAUGGCAUGAAGCUGGCUGCUGUUGCCACGGUGCUGUAUGUCAUAGUGCGAAGUCUGAACCUGAAGAGUCCUACGGCAGCCCCUGACAUCACCUGUCAAGAUACACCUCUCAAUCGCUACCUGUUGAAGUCUUGCCCUACUCUAAGCAAAGAGUACAUUCCCCCACUGCUAUGGGGAAAGAGUGGACACCUCCAGACUGCUCUUUACGGGAAAAUGGGGAGGGUGAAGUCCCCGAGCCCUUGUGGGCUGCGUAAAUACCUGCCCAUGCAAGACGGAGCUACUGCCACCUUUGACCUGUUUGAGCCACAGGGAGUCCAGAAUACAGGAGAUGACAUCACCAUGGUGAUCUGCCCUGGGAUCGGUAACCACAGUGAGAAACAUUAUAUACGGACCUUUGUGGAUUACUCCCAGAAACAAGGCUACAGGUGCGCCGUUCUCAACCAUCUUGGAGCGUUGCCAAACAUUGAGCUCACCUCCCCGAGGAUGUUCACCUACGGUUGUACCUGGGAGUUUUCAGCAAUGGUGGGCUAUGUUAAACGCACAUUCUCACAAACCCACCUCAUCGUGGUGGGCUUUAGUCUGGGUGGGAACAUCGUCUGCAAGUUCCUGGGUGAGAAUCCAGCCAAUCAGGAGAGAGUGCUAUGCUGUGUUAGUGUGUGCCAGGGAUAUAGUGCUGUCAGGGCUCAGGAGACAUUUUUAAAGUGGGACCAAUGCAGGAGGUUGUACAACUUCCUCAUGGCAGACAACAUGAAAAAAAUAAUUCUGUCUCACAGGGGAAUUUUAUUUGGUACGAGUUCUAGCAAGAUGGAGUUUUCUGACCUCAGCCGUCUGUAUACAGCCACCUCACUAAUGCAGAUUGAUGACAACAUUAUGAGGAAGUUUCAUGGACACAGCACACUGAAAGAGUACUAUGAGAAGGAAAGUUGUGUACAUUAUAUUCACAGUAUCAAUGUUCCUCUCCUAUUGGUGAACUCCUCAGAUGAUCCUUUAGUCCAUCAGUCCUUGCUAACGAUACCUCGCACACUUGCAGAAAAGAAGCAAAAUGUGAUCUUUGCUCUGACGCUGCAUGGAGGUCAUCUUGGCUUCUUUGAAGGUGCAGUUAUCUUUCCUCAACCCCUUACCUGGAUGGACAAAGUCAUUGUCAGUUACGCCAACGCUAUCUGCCAGUGGGAGAAACACAGGCCACGGUGCCACUUGGAAACAUAGUGUUUUGCGCUGUGCAACACAAAGCGUAACACUUUAUGGUGUUCUCAUUUUCUCUGAAUUGAGGUCGAAUGGUGAGAUGAUGGUUUUUAAAGGUCUGACUCACCAGUGUUUGCUCUGACCUUCAGGAAUUUGAGUGCAAACACAGAAAAAAAGACAUAAAAGUUUAUUGGGAUGUACAGUAUAUCAAAGGCAUAUUGUUACAACGCUGGACAAAAACUGUUCUGUGAGACUUGUAAUAUGUGUUAAAGUAGGUCAUAGUAGGCCUAUAUUCUGUUAAAAACAUACAGCACUAAGCAAGAUGAGGCCUCAUGAAUUGACAGUUGCUGGAGUUUAAAGCUAAACUUGGUCAAGAGGCUCAGAUACAGUACGUCUAUUUUAUCUACUGUACUGUUUGUAAAAUUGUGUUGAUAUUUAGGUAUGUGUAAAAAGAUGAAAAAUUCAAUGGCAUUUGAAAGUGUGCACAUUAUUAUGUGGACAUUGGCCACACUUUCUU